GUCAAAGAACGACCAAGUUUGCCAAUUAUCUUUUUCAAUUCUAAAACAUUGGUGGUAUUAGAAAUUAGUGGUUGUUUCGAACUACAAGUACCAAACUUGGUAUGCUUUCCCAGACUCAAGGUUCUUGGUCUGAAAUUAAUCACAUUUCUUGACGGAGAAUCAGUUGAAAGGUUUUUUUCUGGUUGUUUAUGGCUUGAGGUACUGACACUAGACGGCUGUGUUUUUCAAGGAGGCAAUGCUUGCAUUUAUUCUGAUACACUUGAGGAUUUAACCAUUAUGGAUAUCUAUUCUGGUGAAUGGAUUCUAAUUGAUGCCCCUUGUUUGGCCAAAGUAUCAUUCAUUUACCUAGACGGUACACAAUAUUGGUACCACGACAGCCAUGUCGUCCAUCAACCACCUCUUGCUUUCGAUUUUUUGAAAAGUAAUUCCGUUACAUAUUUAUCUCUGCAAGGAUACUCUUUAGAGCUUGUUGCGGCGAAUAGAAUGCCAGCAGCAUAUCCUGAUUUGGAAUUAUUGGAGCUUGAUUGGUGUCCUGUUUUACCAUAUAAAGAGAUGAUUGGCUUCUUUGAUAACACGCCUAGACUUCACACUGUCAUAUUCCGGCAGGGCUUAAUCAAGCACAGUGAUCAAUUUGACUGCCAAGAGUUGGAACAAUGGCCUCUAAAGUAUUUAGGAGUGGCUACGCUAUUUUCGUUGUAUGUGGAGGUUAUUCAAGUUCACAACUUUUCUGGAAACAAAGGGGAGCUCAUUUUGCUGGAGUAUCUGCUUUACAAUGCCGUAGAAUUGAAGUGGUUGGUAUUGUACAAAGAUUGCAAUAUGAAGAUGGAGCAAGAACUACGGAUGGCUGAGGAAUUGUUGAGAAUAUCAGGGACCUCGGAUCACUGUCGUGUAGAGCUGCUGUAGGUCUGAAGUUGCAUAUUUUGUUGCUUGCAUUAAGAAUACCUGGUAACAAUGAUGAAUUAUAUGCUUUAACUUUGAGUGCUCUAAAUUGGCAAGCAAACAUAGGGAAAUCAAACUCAAUGCUACAUCACAAAAUAGUUGUCUUACAACUUGGUGCUUCUAUGUAAAAACAACUGAAAUGCAUUGUCUUUCCUGGCGCCAAUUAGCCAGCAUUACA